CUUUCAUGGGUGUGGUGAUUAGCUCGCUUGGAGAAAAUUUUGUCAUAUCUGGCCACAGUGGAGCCAGCUCCAGAAACAGGAAACCCCCUAAAUUUGCUGAACAGAACUUCAAUCACAGCUAGGACUAUGAUCGUCGUGUGACCGCCCUGGUACUCACUAUAAGGACGGGCAAGACUAUAAAGGGGAGGGAAAAUACUGUUUUUCAGGUGUUUGCAGGCGAGAGAGUGCGGGUGUUCAUCUCUGUCUGUCUUUGUGUGGGUGUGUGGAAGUGUGUAUGCGAGAGAGUGUGCGAUUUCCUCACACAGUCAGCAUUUGGUGUGGCUUGUGACCUGAAGACAUCUGCGGCACAAUGAGUGAGCUGGAACAGUUGCGGCAGGAGGCAGAUCAACUACGCAAUCAGAUCCGGGAUGCCAGGAAAGCCUGCAGUGACUCGACUUUGUCACAGAUCACAGCUGGUCUGGACUCAGUGGGCCGGAUACAGAUGCGGACGCGACGCACUCUCAGGGGCCACCUGGCCAAGAUCUAUGCAAUGCACUGGGGGAGUUACUCCAGUGACGGCAGUCCCAGGCUUCUUGUCAGUGCCUCGCAAGAUGGAAAGCUUAUCAUCUGGGACAGUUACACCACAAAUAAGAUGCAUGCUAUCCCCCUGCGCUCUUCCUGGGUGAUGACAUGCGCCUAUGCUCCCUCUGGGAACUAUGUGGCCUGUGGUGGCCUGGACAACAUCUGCUCCAUAUACAGCCUGAAGACCCGCGAGGGCAGUGUGCGUGUCACCCGGGAGCUACCGGGUCAUACAGGUUAUUUGUCCUGUUGUCGUUUCUUGGAUGACAACCAGAUACUGACCAGCUCUGGAGACACCACCUGCGCACUGUGGGACAUAGAGACAGGCCAGCAGGCCACAACAUUCACCGGCCACACGGGGGAUGUGAUGAGCUUGUCUCUCAGCCCGGACUACAAGACCUUUGUCUCUGGAGCCUGUGACGCCACCUCCAAGCUGUGGGACAUUCGUGACGCCAUGUGCAGGCAGUCUUUCACUGGCCAUGUGUCCGACAUCAAUGCUGUCACUUUUUUCCCCAAUGGCAAUGCCUUUGGCACCGGCUCAGAUGACGCCACCUGCAGGCUGUUUGACCUGCGUGCUGACCAGGAGCUGAUGAUGUACAGCCAUGACAACAUCAUCUGCGGCAUCACAUCCGUGGCUUUCUCAAAGAGCGGCCGUUUGCUGCUGGCCGGCUACGACGACUUCAACUGCAACGUCUGGGACACUCUGAAAGGCGAACGGGCAGGCGUGCUCGCCGGCCACGACAACAGGGUGAGCUGCUUGGGCGUCACGGAGGAUGGCAUGGCUGUGGGCACCGGGUCCUGGGACAGUUUCCUGCGGAUCUGGAACUAAAUGAAGCCAACCUCCUCUGGGCUGUCCUCCAUCAGCACCUGAAUUACCCGCCUCACUCCCCCGCCCUCUCCCACACCACCCUUCACGCAACCUAACCUGACUCAUGCAGGGCAAGAGCUGAAGGAGUCAUCCACGGUGUAGCCCUUGAAACAAUCUUUUCGCCUUUUUAUUCCCCCUCCACAGCAACCUGAAUAUUUUCAAGCAGCCCAAUCAAAACCAGUCAAGGGAUAAAUUGCUAAAACAAACAAAAAGCAUAAUCUGUUCUAAUUAUGUGUGUAAUUUGUAAAUUUAUAUAUAAAAAGACAGUAUAUAUGUAAAGGCGUGUAUAUAUAUAUAUAUGCAUCAUGUAUGCAUAUAUAUAAUGUUUAGAAUUUUCAUUUCCAAUAUUUCUUUUUUCUUAAAAACUUUAGGAUUUCGGGUUUUCUUUCUACUUAUUGCCAUUAUGUCACAGCCGUGUGGCAUGAAACUCCCGGCCUGUGCUCCGGGCAGAAGCGCUCCCCAGAAAACACGAUAAUCGGUGACAUUUGGCAUUUCACGUGUCCCUGCAAAUGACUGAUGAUAUUUAGUGGAAGAGGAACUCUGGCAUUCAUCAGCACAGGAAGGAGAUCGCCGCGCAUGUUUAGAGGGAGUUUGCCAGCUAGUCAAUGGAGAGCUUAGGUGGAUUCGUAAGACUCCGAAUGUGCCACAACAAACCAAGUGACGUCGAUCGCUUCUCAUUAAUCACACAAAUGUACAGUAAGUUUACUCUACGGACUAGUGAGUGAUGAUGCACAAAUAAAAAUUUAAAUGGAGCAAAAGUAAUUUGUUAGUAUUGUAGAGACAAAUUGGCUUCAGCACAGCCGAAAACAGAAGAGUGUCCAGUAAAAAGCAAAAUGCCAAUCAGUUGUCUUCACAAAUGGCUAAUAAUUUCCCACAGCACCCCUCAUGAUCUCUCCCAUCUGGCUGGGAUUCACCGCCCCGAUACUGCACCGCAAGAGAGAGCAAUUUGUCACAGAGGUGUGAGAAAAUUCGCUGGACCAAAUUCCUUCCCCCUAAGCACCUUCCAAAAAAAUGGUUCCACUUCAAGCAUUCUUUCUGACAAUUUAAAUGGAAUUGUAGGCCAUUUUGGGCUCGCUUUGAGAAAACCUGCCACAUGAAAUGGUGCUUUUGCCUCGCAAGGCCACACCAACCAACAUCUCAGAAAUGUUAGGCUGUGUUUGGGGAAAGCUUUGCCUUAGGAGCACACACAGUGAUGUGGACCACCACCUACAAGGAUUGCAGCGACUCUUGGGACUUUUUCAAAGAAAACAAAUGAAGGAAUAUCACGUCCCGGUGUGAACUGCAAGGACUUGAAGUAAGGUGCCACUCCCCCCGCCCCCUUCUCUCCCCCCCCCCCCCCCCCCACAAAAAAAGUUGGAACAUUUUCUGUAUUUUAGCUUUAGUUUAUUAACCCGUUUUUUGUGAACUGUUAAUACUGCUUGUGGACAUCGUGUCAAAGAGAAAUGCUAGGAAAUGCACUCACAAACUGCAGUUCAACAACUGAGCACAUGCGACUUCACUUCCAACAGGGUUGGGGAACCUCUCUGCAAUAGUAUAUAUAAUAAUUGUCACAGUAACAGAAUGUUAUCAUAAAUUAUCAUUGGUAUGACACUCAUAGCACUAUGAUUGGAAGGAGGUUCCCCACCCGUGAUUUACACACAACCUUACCCCUUUUUGCUUCUUCAGUGGCUCGUCCCAAGCAGAGCUUCUCAACUGGUCUCCCCCAGUUUUUAUAUGUUCCAAAAAAGUCACCACUCACUUUUAUACUUGGCGAAACCAGGACAUAUAGCCAUCCACCACUCCCCGCUCCACUCUCCCAAGUCAAUUUGGAAAAAAAAAUUUUGAUUCAAAAUUAAUUUUUACAAAAAUCCCCUGCGUCAAUUAUCUUGCCUCUAAUCCGGAGCGCUGAUGAAUUUAACAUGUUUAAUACAUAUACCUGUAUGAAUUUUAUAUAAAUAUCUAUCUUAUCAAUGUAGUUUUUCAACCACUAGUUGAGAAGCACCGCAGUCUUAAAAAAAAAAAAAAUUUAAAAAAAGCUUAACAUUGAGUUGUUGGACCUAUCAUGUGUCAUCUCAGGUGCCUGUGUCCAAACAAUGGACACUUUCUGCCUUACAUCCGCCUCCACCAUCACCACGAAGCAAAGUCUUGAAUAGAGGCACUUAUACCUUUCCACUGGCCCACUUAAAGCACUCGGUUACACUCGUGAACACUAAGGCGCACUUGUAGUCAACAAACACGAGUCUGUGUAUAAAUAAUUUGACUUCAAAUUUUUGGUACAAUAUUUUGCUUUACACUUGGUGACAAUUCAUCAAGGUUCAGUCAAUGAACAUACAAUGACUCUAUAGCCUGUGUGAGUGCGCGCGCGCGUGCCGUUAAUGCAAUGGUUCUGAAACUUUAUUUCACUAUCACCUAAAAUAAAGCGUAGUUGGUAAUCAGGUUUUGUUCCUAAAAAGUAUUUAAAAUUUAAGUACAACUGAGUCCUGUGUAUGAAAUGUGCAACAUCAAUAAAGCUGCCUUGUCUUG